AUGUCAAUGGUAGCUGCUGGUGUUGGGAAACUCGUGGACGAUGGAAAGCUUCAGUGGACAACUCUGUUGAGAGAAAUCAUACCCGAGAUUGGCCAUUCUCAUGCGAAAUGGACCUACACAUCCACAAUAGCUGAUCUCUUAGCGCAUCGCUGUGGCUUGGAUGGAGAAAUUGCAACAUUGCUAGCUGACGGUGAAAUUGGCGACGUACGGCUUCCUCUCGAAGCGUUCUUGAAAACUGUUGAUCGCAUCCCGCACCCACUUCCGCACCGUGAGAGCUGGUUGAUGUGUCCGUGGGGAUACACAAUCGCUGCACACAUAGUCGAGCUUAUAUCUCAGCAGCCACUUCACAAGUAUCUUCAUGAUCAAGUGUUCCAGCCACUGGGGAUGACUUCUACCACUUUUCGACCGUCGUUUGAAGGAAGCAAUAAUAUCGCUGAGCCACAUGCUUCACUUAGCGACGGGGAGGCUUGUCCAUUGGCAUUUCAACCCAGGUACUCCUUUUCUUCGUUCGAAGCUUCACGCGGAGCCUAUUCGACAGUGAAUGAUCUUCUCUUAUGGGCCAAGGAAACAUUGGCUGCCAGCCAAAACACGAGGACACCUUCCAACACAGUAUUGAAACAAAUCCCGCAGAUACUCAGCAACCAUAUUGCAAUGAAUAAUCCAUCGUUGUCGGAACGAUCGUAUGGAUUUGGCUGGGCCAGAGCCCAGCUCCCUGGGAUUGUGGGCCUUCUCGGUGGAAACUCAUCACUCUGGGAUAUGUCCGAGCAGCCUGUCUUCGGGGCUGGAGAUCAGUCUAGGCUCAUGAUUUAUCAUCAAGGCGGAGGACCGGGGUACUCUUCGUUCCUUGCUCUCUUUCCUGAGACACAGUCGGCCGUUGUAGUUCUCAUGAACACCACUGCGACGAGCGAUGCGGCUGAUUGGAUCGCACGACUCCUAAUCGAAGGCCUCUUCGACUUUGCAAAACCCACCGAUUAUGUAAAGCUAGCAGAAGAAGGUAAAAGACGGACACUCGAACGGUUCGCUACACUACAUGAACGAUUGACCGAGGAGCGGAUCCAGGGAGCACCACCACUGCCCCUUGAAUGCUACGUCGGCAAGUACAACAAUAAGGAAUAUAAGUACUUGCUGGAAGUCACUCUGAAUCCAGGGUCGCAGAGCGACCUUAUGAUUUCCUUCCGGCCCGGCUCGCAGAGCUAUCCUCUCCGUCACUAUCACGACCACGUCUUUGAGUGGAGUAUGAGCUUUGACGAAAUCAGGAAUAGUGGGAGAUAUGACAUCGUGGAUCCUUCAUACUAUAGGAUUCGCUUCGAAACCUAUCCCGACAACCGGGCAUCUCGGAUAAUCUGGAAUAUUCACGACGCGUCAGUUCCCGAUGGACUAACAUUUGAGUGGAAAGACGAAUGUCUUGCGGAAGCAUGGCGUGCAGUACAUGCCGGUAUGGACCACCUCAUUUCAAACAUCUUCUAG